AUGAAGAAGUCAAGAGUCGGUGCGCGCGGGCCGAAUUUAAGUCGACAGGCUCCGCUGCUGAAGCGACCCCGUGCGUCUUUGCUACUGCUGGCUGACGGCGAGGGGUGCGUGCCGUGCGAGUGGGAACCCCAGUCGAAGCCAAACCAGAUCCAGGUUGGGCAGGAUUGGACCUUGGACAGGGACACGGGAGGAACCUUGGUAGGGGUGUGCCGGCUGACGGGCUUGGCUGCUGCUGACGUGAUGGCGUAUUGUGACUAUGAACAGCCUUUAUCUGUUGCAGCUGUUGAUGUCGUCCCUGUCACUAUCCGCUGGGAAACUAGCCUAGCGUUUGGUAAUGACGAAGUUCGACGGUAG